AUGAAACCUGUACGUGAACAAAUGAAAAAACGAAACCUCGAUUGGAUGAUUGCGUGUAAAAACCCCACGCCGAUAGAAUUCUUUCGUUUUAUUCAACCGACACAUAAAGCUCGUGCGAUCGAAAAGUAUGGAAAAAUUCUCAGUGAAGCUAUCAGGUUGUGUAAAGUUCCGGACGAACAGUCGAAACUAAAAAACAUCAAAGAAACCGUUAAUUGCAAUUCAGCUUGGGAUGUGUGGCUAUUAGAGAAAAGAGCGAUGAAGAUUCGUAACGAGGUCCAUGAGACAAAUGCUGAAGUUCAUAGUGAAUUAAACAAGGUCGUCAGUAAGAGGGCAAUAGAACCGAAUGAAGAAAGCUUGCGAAAAAAACAAAAACAAUUGGAUGAACAAGAGGAUGACGAUGAAGAUGUAUAUUCAUCUAACUAUGCAUCAUCUUCCCUUACGAACAAGUCACAAUUGGAUGAUCCUUAUAAACAUUUAUCAAUCAAAGAACAAGAGGAUGACGAUGAAGAU